UGUGGUUUUAAUUUCGAGCUUCUUCGCAUAUCGAUUGAGAAGCUGGUUCCUUUGUACAGAACUUGAGGAGUGGUAUUUUUUGACGGCUUUACCAUCUACCAAACGAAAAGGUCAAAAUCUAAACAAUUCCAAUUAACAAAUCCUAAGCCAGUCAGGAACUCACCACUCAAUUCAUUACAUUGAACACCAUCAGCAUUGUUGACUAUUUCGCUGUAUAGGCGACUGGUAACAUUUUACGUUCCAACACUAAUACUAUCUUCCUUGAAGCAACGCAUUGACUCGAGGUUGUAAAGUUCCUAUCCAUCUGUUCAUUUUUGGAUAUACUGGGUGAUCAGCUGCAUCAAGUUUGACCAGCAUGACAGACCACACGGGAGAAGCAGCUCCAAACACAAGGACAGAGCUUACCAAGACACAGCUAUCAUGUGACACACUGCCAAAUGAAACAUCAAAUGACAGUCUAUCUUCUACUAAAGUCACCACAAAAGUUGUCAACAACAUGGCAGGACGUAAGGCUGCGAAGUCUUUGCGCCUCUUUCGUGGCUCAAUAGCAGAGCCCAAUGUGAUCAAUAGUGAUGCAUCAGACAGUACCACGUACCAUGAUUCAUCACUCAGCAAUCAUCAACACCGGGAAAUCAAUAUAGAACUGAACCAUCCAUGUACACUAAAAGAGAAGAGCUCAAAUCAUGUGAUACCGGACAGCCCUUCACCAAGGAAACUUUCGAAUGACCAUAACCCAACCCCAACGGCAAUUCCUGAGAUAUCAGCAGGCUUAUACAUUAAUACACAAAUACCCUCCAAUAUAAAGACUACUUCGCAUCUUCGUUCAGAGAGCACAGAUACCCAUAACGUAAUAACGCUAAAUAAGGAUCAAGUUUCACAGACCAACCCACAACCUCCUUUGCCACUUUUAGAGCCAGUAUCAUCCGCCAUAUACUUUCCCCAUGCUGCUCCUAACGACUCAUCAAACACAAGUCCCGAGCAUCUAACUGCUGAAGCAGAGUUUGACCAUCCCGAAAACGAAGAGAUUGUAGGGGAUAUGGAGGGAUUAAGUGAGAAGUCGGAAGAAUCGUCAACUCACAAAACUUCUCUCAAAGGCACAGAAGAGAAAACUAAAGACACAGUAGCGCAAGAAUUGAAAGGGAAUGAUGCUGGAGGGCUCACCAGUAUAGAAGACCAUUCAAGUAGCGAAGUAAAUCGAGAUAACCAAAAGGCUACCAAUGUCGAUAUAACAUUAGACCCGUCACGUUCAGAAAUAAUGAAAUGCACCUCUUUCACCACAGCAUUUAGUACAUCUCCAGACUAUAGCAAUGAAAGGUUUGUCGAGAAAAACUCAGAUGAUGAUAUUAAAUACCCACUUGCCGUCGAACUACAACCUUUCAAAAAUAAAGUGGGAGGUCACACAGCCAUUUUCAAGUUCAGUCACAGGGCAGUUUGUAAAGCCUUAGUCAAUCGAGAAAACACUUGGUACGAGAAUAUUGAGAUUUUGCAUCCUGAAUUAUUAAAAUUCAUGCCUCGAUAUAUUGGUGUUUUGAAUGUGAGAUACAGUACAAUAUUGGAUGAUUCUAGUGAGGACUUGGGACCUAGCCACAAUGGUUCGGUUGAGUCAAGUGUAACGGGAAACCCGUCACUUAACGAGCCAUCAGCGGAAUCUGACCAACUAAAUAAUGGACAUGACUUCCCCAAAACGCACCGAAACGAUGUACAUAAUGCUAAGAUGACAGGAACAAAUAAAGAUACCUCCAACUCUAUUGCGAAAAAGAAUUCUCUCUCGAAACUGAAUGAAGACUAUGAAUUUCCUGAAGUUGUUUUGGAGGAUAACAUUCAUAUUGUACCUCAGUCUUUUUGGAGCCGUUAUACGUCACCAAAAAUUGAAAAUAGUGAGUUAAUAAACUGUGACAAAGUUUGCCAUAAUUUCUCUUUUGCUUCUCCCCUUGAUAAACCCGUAACUUUGUCCUCUCCUGUUCAAAACGACAAUCAGACAGGGUCUACUAGUGUCAAUACAAAACUCAAAGAGUUGGUGUUAAGCGAAGUUUUUGCACCGAUAAGAGACUACACGAAGAAAGCUCGUGAUAGCAGGAAAAAUUCACAUUACAGCAACAAUCCACGUGAUCGUAGAAGUAGUUAUCAAAGUGAUUUGGCGGCAGAGGGAUCAAAGUCUACUUUCUCACCUUCUUCUGCAACCUCAGCCUUGUCCAAGUACAAGAGUUAUGAUCCCAACUCAGGUAACCUAUUCUCUGAUCCGAACACUAGCACUUUUCCAAGAUUUCAUCGGUAUUCCACCAGCAGCAUGAUCACUAGUCCUACACAAAAAAAUGAGAAAAGCCGACAUGGAAAAGUAUUCUGUAAUUCUAUUACCGAAGGUUGCCCUACCGAAAUCCUUGAAGAUGAGGAUACAUCCAUUAUUGGGCCCUCAUCAGUACAAAGUGAUGAUAUAAAGCUUCAUCGCAAUUUCAGAAAUGACAGCUCCACUGCAGAGCAAGAAAUGAAAUUUCCGGAUAGAGAGACUUUCAUGUCCAACUUGAAAAAACUGUCUCGUAAUAAGGAAAGUGAGGAAGAUGCCAUUGUGGAUGAGGAAGACGCUGAUAAUGUCAACGAAAGCGAUAUAUUUGACAUGGAAGGGGUGAAGGAUCCAGUAGAGCACAAAAGUUUGGUGACGGGUACGAACAACGAGCGUAAUCGAAGUAUUCCCGAAAUUUCGUAUAACGGUCAAGAAAACAAAACGAUGCAAGAAGGUCCUCAUAAACAUACUCUACGCAAGCAUACAAGAUUCGAAAGGUUUAUUCUGCUUGAAGAUCUUACCACUGGUAUGAAAUACCCAUGCGUGCUAGAUUUGAAGAUGGGUACUAGACAAUAUGGCGUAGAAGCUAAACCAAGUAAGAAGGCGUCCCAAAGGAAGAAAUGCUACCAGACCACAUCACGAGAACUAGGCACAAGAAUUUGUGGUAUGCAAGUUUGGGAUGCUAAAAAAUUAGAGUUUGUUAACAGAGAUAAGUAUUUUGGCCGCAGGGUCAAGGUCGGAUACCAAUUUUUCCUUUCCUUGUCUAGGUUUUUAUACGAUGGAGAAAGCAUUUUUUCUGUUGUCAAACAUUUGCCUAAAUUGAUUGAAGACUUGAAGGAAUUGGUUGACACAUUUGAGAACUUGAUUGACUACAGGCUUUAUGGAUCGUCCAUUCUUUUGAUGUACGAUAGUGAGUUGGAUAGAAAAAACAGAGAUGAGUCCACGAUAAUUGUCCGCUUAAUUGACUUCGCACAAUGUGUCAUUGGAGGCAGCGAGUUCUCCGAUAAAACAACUUUUCCUCCAGUUCACAAAGGUGCUCCUGAUGUGGGUUACAUCAGAGGGUUGAAGUCACUAAUAUACUACUUUGGUGUUAUGUUUAGAGAGUUUACAGGCGGUCACGAAUACGCAAGUUUUUCAGAAGCAUGGGAGAUAAUCAGGAAGCUAGAUAAAGAAAAAGUCUUUAACUGCAAUUGUCAAUGGCUAGAUGAGUUUGAUAACGGAGAGUCCCAGUGUCCGUUCGAGUUUAGGCCUGUACCUGUAUAUACUGGGUUCUACGAUGACGUGUCUGAGUGAGAGGAUGAUGAUACUCCACUUUAUGAUGUACAUCACUUAUUUUGACGUUUGAGUUCAUGCCCAUGUUCACGCUCAUGUUCACUUCUAAUUUUAAUUCUCUUUUUCUAAUUACUUAAUUCUUUAAUUACUUUCUAAUUUCUUUAGUUCUUGCUGUUAUGAAUUUGCGAACCAUUAUAGGGUCAGGUAAACAUGGUGGUAAGGUUCACGCAACCGA